UGGCAUUGCGAGCGGUCUGUUUCUAGGUGUCUAGCAAGUAACAGCUAUCAUCAGCCCAGACAGCCGGCGGCAACGGGAGCGGUAUUUCUUGGUGUGUCUUUCCACGAUUAUUUGCUGCCGGGUUUUCAUAAUUAAUAGUCGCUUGGCUGAAAAUAGUGAAAACACAACCCUGACCCCUGCACAGAGAUAUGAGCGGCAGCGGGCGGCCCAGGACCAGCUCGUUUGCUGAGCCGCCAGGUGUUCCAGGAACUGCCGCUGCGUCCACCGGAUCAGCCGCUGCCGUGGGGAGCAGCACAGGAAAGUCCGGGGUCCCGCAGGCCUCCGGCAGCAGCUCGUCGGGAUGCUCGAACCUUAAACUGGCCAGAGACAGCGGGAAGGUGACAACAGUCGUUGCCACACCCGGUCAGGGACCGGACCGCCCACAAGAAGUCUCUUACACUGACAUCAAGGUGAUUGGCAAUGGGUCCUUUGGUGUCGUGUAUCAAGCUCGUCUCAUUGACAGCCAAGAGAUGGUGGCCAUUAAAAAGGUUCUGCAGGAUAAGAGGUUCAAGAAUCGGGAACUACAGAUCAUGAGGAAGCUGGACCACUGCAACAUUGUCAGACUACGUUACUUCUUCUACUCCAGUGGAGAGAAGAAAGAUGAAGUGUAUCUUAACCUGGUGCUGGACUUUGUCCCUGAGACAGUCUACAGGGUUGCCAGGCAUUUUAACAAGGCCAAGAGCAUCAUUCCUAUCAUAUAUGUGAAGGUGUACAUGUACCAGUUGUUUCGCAGUCUGGCUUAUAUCCAUUCCCAGGGCGUGUGUCACAGAGACAUCAAGCCCCAAAACCUGCUUGUUGACCCAGAAACUGCCAUCCUCAAGCUGUGUGACUUUGGCAGCGCCAAGCAGCUGGUCCGCGGUGAACCCAACGUGUCGUAUAUCUGCUCACGGUAUUACCGUGCCCCUGAGCUCAUAUUUGGUGCUACAGACUACACGGCAAACAUUGACAUCUGGUCAGCAGGCUGCGUACUGGCUGAGCUGCUGCUCGGACAACCCAUAUUCCCCGGUGACAGUGGGGUGGACCAGCUCGUAGAGAUUAUCAAGGUCCUAGGAACCCCAACAAGGGAACAAAUCCGAGAGAUGAACCCUAACUACACAGAAUUCAAGUUUCCUCAGAUCAAAGCUCAUCCAUGGACCAAGGUGUUUAAACCUCGCACCCCUCCAGAGGCCAUCGCUCUUUGCUCCCGGCUGCUGGAGUACACGCCGGCCUCACGGUUCUCCCCACUAGAGGCCUGUUCACACACCUUUUUUGACGAGCUGCGCCAGCCGAACACACGACUGCCGAGCGGCCGAGAACUGCCCAUGCUCUUCAACUUCAGCACCACAGAGCUGUCCAUCCAGCCCCAGCUGAACCCAACCCUCAUUCCUCCCCACGCUCGCGCUCAUACAGCUGCUUCCGCCCACGAUGGUACCAGUUCAGAUUCAUCUCAACACAGUUCAGUACCAGGAUCUCUUAACAGCAUCUGAAGCAGUUCCUCAUCUGCCUGACCCUUAUCACACACACACACACACACACACACACACACACACACUACUGCUUUCCUCCAUGCUGCUUGCUCUCCUCUUAGAUGAUCUGUUUUUGUACAGUAACAGCAUUGAACAAACAUUAGUUCUGUAGCUGCCAGGGGUGAAACUACGGCAGGUGAUUGUUAAACACACACACACAUACACACACACACACACACACACAGAGUUGUCUCGCUGCUGAUUGGGUGGUCUAUAAAGGUUCAAUAGUCGGGGCUGGUCCUCUGUAAUAUAACCUUUUUUUUUCUUUUUUUUUUAAAUCAUUUUUAAUUUUGUCAUUUUGUUCCUUUGUUUAUUUAUUUGACUAAUUGAAAGCAAACAGCAAAAAGUUUUCCUUUUUUCCACAUCAGAUUAUUUUUUAAUAUUUUUUGCAUCUGAACUGUACACUGCCUAACUAAGAUCAGAACGGGCCCCAAGUAGGUCAUCAGGGUAAAGGAUGUUUUAUUCAACUCAGGGCGGGAGAGCGGAUGCAGGGGAUGAUACAUUCCUAAAUCCUCCAGCCACUUUACAUUUACCAAUCCAGCCUGAUGUUUACGUUUUAAAUUUAACCUCAACAUCUUGUUAAUUUUGCUGCUUAAAUGGCAGGUAGAGUAGAAAACCUCAUCAGUACCAGGGUAGCAAUUGUCAGUGUAUGGUUGGAGGUGUAUUGCCCCUGACGAGAAUCAUGUUCAAUGGCUGCAUUACUUUAUGCAGACUGACUCCCCCAGUCGCCGCGUCUGGUAUCCAUGUGUUUGGUUUCUGUUUUAGAGAGUUCUUUCUGCCUAAAGAGGGAAAUAUUCCUCUGAGAAACCAACAAAACUCAUUUCAACAUCCAGGAUGGCAGAGGUGUACAUUUGUUGGAAAGUCGAUCAUCCAGAGGUAUAUUCCUCAACUCCAUCUACUGUUCUUUAGCUCAAAAAUUAGGCCUGACCUUUAAAUGUCAGUUGUGAAAAAAGUGUGAUUGUGCUGCUCAGCGUAAAGCAGAUCUAGAAAAUGAGCAUUUUUGAAAUUGAGCAAACAAAACCAUAGUAGUGCAAAUAGUGUUAAUUUACUGGAGGCUGCUCAGUGCGCUGCUAGUUCGCUGUCCUACCAACUAGUUAACCACUGGAUGAUUGCAUAACAAUUAGCAGUGAAUUGGAGGCCGCUGAUCAGUCUAGCAAUAGAAAACGGAUAUUGAAGCCUGUCUAAUAAACUAGAGAUUGUGUAUGCCGACAUCAAUGCAUCUUAAAGAAAGUUUUUUUUGUUCUUGUUUUUUUGUUCACUUGCUGAAGAAAAUAACCAAAUGUAUGCCCCGUUUAACCUUCUAAAAGAAAAAGAAACCUGGAAGCUAUCACUAGUGUCACUUGUGCUAGAAGGUGUCAGUGAGUAGAGUUUACUGUGGAGGAAACGGCUGUGUUCAGAAUGUCUUUAAAGGUGUGUUCCACUAAUAUUGGCUGAAAAUUAUACUAUGCAGGAUUUUCCUAAAAGAAACAGUGUAUCAACUCUUACAAAAGUAAUCCCUAAUUAGUUAGUCAUCACUUAUGACCCACUAAAAUGUGUGGCAGUGUCUGAAUCCUUAUUUUGCUGUUUGGGGCAUUAUCAGAGCAUCAGCCUUUGGGCGGUGGGUGUGUAGCUCAUUCCAAAACUAGAAUGUGGGCUAAGUGGGCGUAUGUGAUGCUGCAGGUGGUGGUUAGCAACCACGUCCAGGGGGAAUUCGCUCCUGGUGUCGCUUAGCAGGGGGGUAGCAGGGGGCAGCUUUGAAUGUUGUUUUUGAACAUUAAGUGACAAUUCCUGCAUAGUAUGCCUUUAAACAAAAAACAACUUUUGCUUUUGUUUUUCAUUUCAAGCAUUCAAAAAAGUUUGAAAAUGUUUGAACUAGUGCAACUGUUGCUGCUUUUAAAAACCCUGAAUUUGUUUUAAGAUAAACUAUACAUUUUAAAAGCUUUGAAAAGUAUUUAGGUGUGGUAAAUAUAGUUACCUAAUGGCUCCCCUUUAAGACUCCCCACACUGUCUGAUGACAUGUAUUCAUACAGAAAACAGGCUGGCAUUGCUAGUCUUAAAAUCAGUUUAAUUUCACGAUAUUAUAAAGGCGUCUCUCAAAAAAAAAAAAAGACC